AUGGAGUUGGGAAAGGCAAAACUUCUAAGAACUGGCCUUAAUGCCUUGUAUCAGGCCAUACAUCCUGUGCAUGGAAUUGCCUGGACAGAUGGGAAGCAAGUGGUACUGACUGCUUUACAUUUUCAUCAUGGAGAACUCAAGUUUGGUGACUCGAGUGUAAUUGGUCAGUUUGAACAUGUUCAUGGACUUUACUGGGGCUCAUGUUGUGCUGCAGACACACCAGCUCUGCUUGCUGUUCAGCAUAAAAAACAUGUCACUGUUUGGCAGCUGAGCUAUAACAUUUUGGAAAAGAAAAAGCUCCUGGUUUCUCAGACUUGUGAAAUGGGUGAGCCAUUCCCAAUGCUUCCCCAGGGCUGUGUGUGGCAUCCCAAGAAGGAUAUUUUGGCUGUGCUUACUAAACGGGACGCCUCAGUUUUACACGCUGUUCGUUCUGAUAAUUCCAGGGUUAAGGCGGAUAUCAAAAGCAGUGGUCUCAUCCACUGCGCUUGCUGGACUAAAGAUGGUAAUCGCUUAGUGGUUGCUAUAGGCAGUGCCCUUCAUUCCUACAUAUGGGAUGAUGCUCAGAAAGCUUUAAAUGCUUGCUUCUUUUGCCCAAUAUUUGAUGUGGGUGGUUAUAUCUGUGCUAUAGAAGCUACUUUAGAUUUCCAAAUUGCUGUAGCCACAGAGCUUCCGUUAGAUAAGAUCUGCGGCUUAAAUGCAGGCAUUACUUUUGAUGUGCCAUCUGGUACUGAAACCGGUUCUUUAACUUCACAGUCUACUCUGGCACUUGGGGAUGAGGAAUACUCCAUGGACCUAAGAAGAAAAUCAAUAGAUUCAGAAAAAUCAGUGGCUGUUGAUUCAGUAGCUUCUUCUUCAUCAGGUCCUGUGGAUUUGACCCAUAUCCUUGCAAACCAUCGGAGAUCUGAUCCCAGUCCUCUCAUUCCUCUGAGACGCAAGGACUAUGUCCCUGGAAACAAUCAAGACUCUUCAUACCUGAUCUUGGUGACUUUUGAGAGAAAGGUAACGACCACCCGAAAAGUCAGCAUCCCAGGCAUUCUGGUCCCUGAUAUAAUAGCUUUUGACCCUAGAGCUCAGAUUGUGGCAGUAGCUUCCAAUACUUGUAACAUUGUUUUGGUUUAUUCGGUAACCUCUUCCUGCAUGCCCAAUAUUCAACAAAUCCAAUUGGAGAAAAGUGAAAGACCGAAGGGUUUGUGCUUCUUGACAGAUAAACUCUUGUUGAUUUUGAUUGGAAAGCAGAAAUUCACUGACCCUGCUCUCAUUCCAUCUUCAAGUUCAGAAAGGUACAUUAUUCGUUUAAUGAUCAAAGAAUUAAUAUUUGAAGAAGAUUUUUCAGUGCCGUCGGAUGCCACCCAGAAUCUACUUUCUAAUUUUGAAUCCUCCAUAAAUACUCUUGGAAAACGGAAGUUCUUUGAAAAUCUUGCCAUGGAAGAUCAACCCUUGAGCAGGGAGCUGUUAAUACCAGGUAGUACUAUAAUUCAAUCCUCUAGUGGCAGGAGAAGGCUUAUAGAAGAAGUGAAGAGUCCCAGUUAUGAACGAAGCUCAUCAUCAAGUGUGAGUGACCUUGAUGAAAAAAGGGUCUCCGGUGACCCAUCCAUUGCUUUGGAAACGUUGGAUGCUGAGCCAAUUAAUCGGUCAGUGGCCCUCUUUGGACUUGGUACACCAACCAGGUUUUCCAACAGACCAGCUUCUCCUAAAGUGCAGCUGGAUGUGUUUCAAGAAAUUUCUGUUUCUCCUAAAAAUAACAACUUGCCAAGUGAAAAAGGAGCAAGUCACAUAUCCAGGAAUCUAGAAAGACUCUGUGGCAGCUUCACUGAGUUACAGCUGCACCUUUCUGAACUAACAGACUCCACUAAAAAUGGAAAGAGGUUAUCUCUAGCAUAUCCAUCUUUUCAGGAGCCACCUUUUGUCCAUAUCACUUAUCAGAAGUAUUUCUCAAAUGGAGCUGUUGCUGAAGAAACAAGAACUGUUCUCCUUUGUGAUGGCAAGAUCCACCUGAAUUUAGUCCAGCAGCUUUUUGAUCUACCCAUUAUUGAAAUGAAACAUGGUUCUUCUUGGAUUGUUCUCACUGCAGACAGCGAAGGCUUUGUUCCAUUAAUGUUCAAAGCAAAACAAGAGAUAAUCAUAAGGGAUGGAAGUGACAGUUCAGAAGUCUGUGGAAGUCACUCCUGCAAAAACAGCAUGUCUAUACAACCACCAAGCAGUGUGACAUAAUUUCAGGAUGAAGAAUGCGAAUGCCCUUCUGUUAUGAGACGAUAAAAAAAGACAUUCUGCAGUAUCAGAAACUGCAUGACUAGAAAACUGUCUCCCAUAUAUUCAGUGCGUUGAAACUGUAAUACAUGUGGCCCAGUUUCACAGUAGUUAGAUCCUAUCUGGGCUUCCAUGGUCCCUGCUGCAGAAUCAGCUCUAGAUUCAUGUCUAUUUCAUCUGACACUCAUAAGGCUUGUGGCAGGUUUUGAGCAGUGGGUGGGAAAGACUGUUUCUCUGUAGCUGGUACUUUAAUUCUGUUCAAGAUAUUCUUGGAGUGGCAAGUUAAAAUCGUGUGAUGAAAAUAAUGGAUAAAUAUCAAGAGUGGGUGGGGCAACUCAGCAGUAACAGGUACACCUUUUGUACUAAAAGCUGGUGUUACUGAAGGAAGUUUUUAAAGUUCAUUUCUGUUUAUUAACAUACACAGAAAGCUGUCACUUUUUUGGCUUGGCAACAGUUUGCUGCUCCAGUGGAUCCUAGGGAAACUUGCAGCAUUUUGGAGAAAUACAUGAUUUUUAUGUGAAGAUGCAUGACUGUUAAAAGAGCUAUAUCAGUGUCUCAUCUGCCAUGAGGAUUUGUAUAGCGGAACCUAGGAAAACAACUAUUUAGCAUGCAAUAAAGGAGGAAAAAAAAGGUAAAGCAAGGAUCGAAGACAUUCAAAGACACUACGU